AUGUUAUUAAGUGAUGCACUGUCUUUGAUUGUUGUCGGUAUGGUUUGGGGAUGUACAAAUCCACUGAUAAAGAGAGGAAGUGAAGGUGUAUCAUCUGUAAAGAAAGAUAGUGCAAUUGGUCAGUUCAUUGGAGAGUUUGUAUAUCUAUGGACAAAACCAAAAUGGAUCAAUAAUAUUUUUUUAUACUUUAAGACAUAUGGAUAUUUCACUUGUUGUACCGGUAUCGAAUUCAUUGACUUUCUUAUUUACGGCAUUCACUGGAAUGCUACUGGAAUGUCCGAAUUAUCAGCAGCUAUUAGACAACUCAUUCAAGCACACAAGUUGGUUGUCUUCUCAAAGAGCACUUGCCCAUAUUGCAUUCGUGUGAAAUCAUUGUUAACCAAGCUUGGACAACACCCACAUGUCGUUGAAAUCGACCAACUCCCAAAUACCUCCGAAUAUCAAAGAGCUCUCAGCACCAUCAGUAACAUCACAACCGUUCCACAAGUAUUCAUCAAUCAAAAGUUCAUUGGUGGAUGUACAGACACAGAGAAAUUGAACGAACAAGGAAAACUUUUACCUUUAUUACAAUAA